GAAAAAAAAAUAAUACAGCCCAUCGUAACCACCAAUGUUUACAAACAGUUUGUGAUGGAAAUUGUUAAUAGUGGGAGAUACAUAACGAUAAGCCAACAGAUAACGGCUACCGCUAAUGUUUAUAUUCAAUAAAAUAAUCGACAUGGUCAACGAAAGACACUGACAGUUCAAAGUUCACAAAGUCUGAAGAGACAUGGAAACAGUAAGCAUUGUGAACGGAGAACGGUCUGUUCCCAGAAACAAAACAAAGGAUGCCAACAGUGACAAUAUAUACCAAAGAGUACAAAGUAGUAUGCCACAUCAAAGAUGGAUAUCCAUAAGCGGCCUCUUUUUAUUCUAUCUUGCCGCUACCAACUGGACAGCCUUUGGAAGUCCACUUCGCGGUCGUGCCAAACGAGAGGCGGAAAUUGCAAGCACCAAUUGGACACAGCUGGCCGACGUAUGGAUGGAAGCUAAGGAUAGGAUCACUGAUCGGAUUGGUAUGCCAUUACUUUUGGGUAAUGGGAAACUGCGUGAUCUACCACCAACCGUUAACGUAGUCAUCAAUGGCACCAGUUCAGAAGAAUUGAUCAGGAUGAAUUAUUCACGGAUGCUGUGGGACAUGGAAACAUCUCAAUCGAGUGGUCAACUUUCUGGAUUCGUGGAUAAGGCUCUAAGGCUACUUGACCUUAGGCAGGUCAUGAUGGAGGUCGAAACAUCUGUUAUGUCAAAGGUCUCCUGCACAGCUUGUAAAGUCGGUGCUGGUCUUCUGCAACAUUACAUAAAAAUUGGGAAAAGCGAAGACGACAUUAUGAACAGUAUAUAUCAGUUUUGUGUGUCUCUGAAAAUACAGAGUCCAAGAGUGUGCCAGGGUGUCACUUUACUCUUUGGUGGUGAAGUCGUAUAUGUUUUGAAACAGAUCAACAUGGGUCCAUCACAGAUAUGUAGUUUUGUCAUAGGUGAUGCUUGUGACGAUGCAUAUAAUCCUCAACAUGAGUGGGAGGUUGCUUUUCCACCUGUUAAUAAACCACCAAUUCAACCACCUAUUUCACCUAAGGAAGGUGCACCGACAUUCAAGGUUCUUCAUAUAUCAGAUACACAUUACGAUCCUUACUAUCAGGAAGGUGCUAAUGCUGAAUGCAACGAGCCAUUAUGCUGUCGUUUAACAAAUGGCGCACCGUUGACUUCAUCUGCUGCUGCAGGCAGAUGGGGUGAUUACAGAAAAUGUGAUACACCUAAAAGAACCGUGGAUCAUAUGUUGAAGCAUAUUGCUGAUACUCAUACGGAUAUUGAUUAUAUUCUUUGGACCGGUGAUCUUCCACCACAUGAUGUCUGGAAUCAAACUCGAGAAGAGAAUUUGAAAAUUCUUCGUGAAACUGUACAGCAAAUGAUUAAAAUUUUCCCAGGUAUUCCAAUAUUUCCAGCACUUGGUAAUCAUGAAAGUGCACCAGUUAAUAGUUUUCCACCACCAUUCGUUCCUGACGACAAUAAAAUUUCCUGGCUUUAUGACGAACUUGACAAACAAUGGAGACGAUGGUUACCUGCUGGUGUCUCACAUACUGUACGCAGAGGUGCAUUCUACUCUGUUCUCGUUAGACCAGGAUUUAGGAUAUUAUCAGUCAAUAUGAAUUACUGUAACAAUAAGAACUGGUGGCUCCUAAUCAAUAGUACCGAUCCUGUGAGUGAACUGCAGUGGCUCGUUUAUGAGCUCCAGGGUGCUGAAAUAAAUGGAGAAAAGGUUCAUAUAAUUGGUCACAUACCACCAGGACAUUCUGAUUGUCUGAAAGUAUGGUCCAGGAAUUAUUAUCAUAUUAUUAAUCGAUACGAGUCCACUAUCGCUGCUCAAUUUUUUGGACAUACCCAUUAUGAUGAAUUUCAAUUGUUCUACGAUACUACGGAUCUUGGUAGAGCACUUAGUAUAGCUUACGUUGGACCUUCUGUGUCACCAUAUUAUGAUCUCAAUCCUGGCUAUCGAAUAUACUAUGUAGAUGGUGAUCAUCCUAAAACAACCAGGAUGGUUGUGGAUCACGAAACUUGGGUAAUGAAUCUAAAAGAGGCAAAUCUUUAUGAUUAUCCAAUCUGGCACAAAAUGUACAGUGCACGUCAGGCUUAUCAGAUGAUAUCGCUACUUCCAAGAGACUGGGAUUCCUUGAUAGACAAAAUGACUAAUGAGCCUUCGCUAUUCGACCUUUACUACAAACAUUACUAUAAGAAUUCUCCAGUGAGGCCAAACUGCAAUGACGAAUGCCGGAAACGACUACUGUGCGAUCUACGCAGUGGAAGAAGCCACGACAGGAAAGCUCUUUGUCAGAGCUUAGAAUCAAGAAUAGAUGGCGAAACGCGAACGGGCUGGCGAGCUUGGAUUUACAACGGGCUUGCAUUAUCGAUGUCAGUGGUGAUGGCCAUACCAAGAUUCGCCUUCAAUCUGCCAAAAUACGUUUUGGGUCUGGGUUAACCUAGCGAGACAUCAAUGACGAAGAUACUCAACAUUGUGAUGAUUUUAAUCCUCGAGAUUUCACGAAGUCAUUCCAUACUCAUAUUUCACCGCAAUGGAAUUAAGUAUCCUAUGAUCUCUCCGUUCGAUGCAUAUAAUUAUUACGCAAGUACCUCUUUCGAGUAUCACUAAGUACAUUCAAUUUUGAAUUCACUAUUAAUCUUGAAUAUUUCUUGCGUAUUUUAUUUGAGUCAUUGGUGAAUAUAAAUUUUUCUCUUCCUUUAUUCGUAUCAGUCAAAAAUAUAUAGAUCGUUCGGUUCUUGCAAAACGCAAUGAGCGCGAAAUCAAGAGUUCCAGUGGUGUGAUUAACGACUGUUACAAUAAAACAAAAAUCUUCAAGGUUUUCUUUAUGCGCAGUGACUCGAAGAAGAUAGAAAUAGGUAUAGCGAAACUCUGACUUACGAAGAUUCCGUUAGGAUGAUGAUAAAAACUCUAAAGAAGGCGAAUUAAACGAUGUGCGAUGAUGAUACGUGUUAAAGUUGGCAGGACGGUGUUCCUUGUGUUCUUAAGUUUUCUGAAGGAUACGCGAUAUUAGGAUAAAAACUAUCGAUAGAAAUUGAGUGAAUAACUGCAUCAAAUGUCUUGUUAUAGCAAGAGAAAUUUUUAUUUUUAUUUUUGUUAUUUCGGCUGCUAGUGAUUCUACUAUUGAAAUUUAAUUAUCAAAUCUUAUGCCUUCUCUUAUGGCUCACGUCCAAUCCAAUGGUGCUCGAGUCGAUUCGACUCUUUUGUGACAAAAAAAGAGAUGGGCGAACAAUUUAUAGAGAAAUUAUUUAUAUAUAUAUUGUGCAAGAUUUUUCGAUUGUCUGAGGCGCGUUUUAACUAGAUUAAAGAUUCUGGUCCGACUCGCGCUCCAAUGAAGAAUUCAAAAUGGACACGACAUAUAGGAUACUGUUUGAGUACAUUUUUCUUCUUAAGGGUCGAGAGGGGAUGGUAGUAUGUUCAAGAGUUCAAUUUAUUUAAAUAAAGGAAAUGGAACGCGAGUCGACCACUUGACUGUAUAUAUAAAUGUAAACUAUAUUUAUUUAUACACAGAUAAUUCUGUUUUAGCAUAUAUUUUUAAUAAGUAUGAAAGACAUUUUAUAUGUUAAUGAAAAA